AUGGAACAGAUUAGACAGAAGAAUUUCUCGCCGGUACUUAAUAGUCUUAUUAAAGAAGAAUUUUAUGAUGAACUAUUAGAUCGAAAUUUAACGUUUAAAAAUGAUUUUUCCUACGAUGUCGUCUUGACAUUAUUUGAUUUGAGCAAAAGUCUUGGAGUGAAAGAAGAAAAUUGUGAUGAUAUUAAACAACUGAAUGUUACGGAAAAAUUGGGCAUCUAUCCGCCAUUAAAAAUCAAUUUUCGUGAUUGGAUUAUUUUUAAUGCACGUAAACAAGAAUUAGAAAUUGUUUAUGGUAUUCAGGUAGAAGAAUUGCGCCAUUUAAUCAAGUGUGAUCCAAAUAAACCUAGCAAGGCAAAAGAACUAGCACGAUCAUAUAUUAUUAAUGCUUUUUCAAUGUGCGAUGCUCAAGGAACACCUGCUCGUCAUGUCGAUUUACAUGGUUUUCAUGGAUCAUUUACGCCUGAUUUUUAUCCACGUCGAUUUGCUCUUAAAGAUUCAAUUUAUUCUCAACGACUUGAUAUUCUAGCUGCACUCAUUGCGCAUAUUAUCGAUCGCUAUCAAGCAUGCUUACCUCCUAUUAGAUACUGUGAGUUUUCGAUAAGUGUUAAUGAUCUCUCUCGACCAUGGAUGUUCGAUGUACUUCGAAGUGUUCAAGUAUAUGACGAGACAGCCAAAAUACACAGUCGAAGAGAUGAAAAAAUUCAUACAUAUAUACCAACAAAUGAAUUAAGUUCGUUUUCACAGUUAGUUCUCAACGAUCAUUUUUCUCAUCUUGAAUUUGCUUUCACUGGACCAGAAUCAGACAAGAGCGAAAAUAUUCAUCCUACGGCAUCCAAAAUGACCUAUAAAUUUUUGGCUGGUUUCGAUCGUCAAAAAAUCCAAACGUCUCAAUUUAAAAAUAUGAAUGAAGCUCUUCGGUUCUUACUCGAAUAUCCACAACAAGCAAUUCUACUAAUGAUACGAGAAAUUAUAAAUAGCAAGAAAGAAGCAGUAAAUUCAGCAGCGAACGAAGAAAGUGUAUUUGGUGAUUUUUUGAAAAAACUCAAGAAUCUAGAGAGUAAGGCCAAUGUAAUGCCAGCUUUUUAUGAUUGGGUAGUUGGGUUAGACCUCUUUGGUGAUGAGUUAGGAUAUCCAUAUUGUCCAUUUGUAGCACGACCUUUCAUUGAAUACAUUCAAAAUCGUCGAAGAAUAGCACAUGAAACGAAAAGCAAGAACAUUUUCGGUGUGCGUAUUCAUUGUGGUGAAAAUGUCAUCUUCGCUGAUGACAGGACACAUACAUAUCGAUUAUUUGUCGCUCAUAUGUAUAUUGUCUUUCGUUGCUUGCGAUUUAUUCAGCAAGAACUUAAAUAUGGAAUUCGAAUCGGUCAUGGUAUUGCUUUUGAUCGUAUUCUUGGCAAUAGUAUGAACAAAUCAGGCUAUCGAAAAUCAUCCGUACUCUUAGCCGAACUUCGAGAACAUGCUUAUCAUUUAAUGAAGACUAUUGCUUUUGAAGUAAACAUUACUAGUAACGAAUAUUUAUUAGGACAAACAUUACGUCAAGGAGAUGAUAGACAGCCGCUUCGUCUUGAUGGAUUAUUUGGCAAAACACCUAUUAUUCUUGCAACCGAUGAUGAUGGAGUCUGGCCUAUUGAUCAAUGCCCAUUUACCCAUCCUGGUCAUCAAUCGUUGACUGCUGAAUAUUGUCGAGCAAUUUCAUCUGGUCUAAUAAGAACGGUGGAUCAACUCAAAGGCAUUUUUCAAGAUACAAAAAAUUUUUGUUUUUGGAAUGUGGGCGGAACAAUACCGAAACCAUCUAACGAUGAUGCUCUUCCCCCUGAUGAUUCCUUGAUCAAUACUGUCAUCAUACAUCCAGAUAUUAUCAGACGUCUACUUAAGCUAUACGGCGGUAAGACAAUUGCAAUAAAUCCGGGUUUUGAAAGGUUUGCAUGCAAUACACCGUACAAUUAUAGUAUUAAAUGGGCUAACGUAUAUGGCGCAUUACGUGUAGCAUUUAUUUGUAUCUGUGCUAACCAUGAUAAAAGUGAUCAAGAUGAAAAAAUAAAAUCGGAAAUUCGUAAAGAAUAUGAUACUUUAUUCGGACCAAAUGACAUCGAAUUCGAUAACAUUUAUGAUUUCUGGAGACAAGUUCGUUGUAAAUUUAUAUUUUUCAAUGAUUCUGAAACAUGUAGUAAUGGUCGGCAUGUUCUACUCAGACAUAAAGUCGACAACCGUCAUCUAGUCUAUGCUGCUCCCCAAAACAGUGACCUAUCACAGUCACAAGAUAAAUCUCUGACUGGAUUUAUCUCUCACUAUCCACUGUUACCAUGCACAAUUCAUGCCUACGGAAACCAUAUUAACAUUGAAAACACGAUGGAAGUUUUACAAAAACUAGUGACUGAUACCGACGGGGAAGAAUCAUAUAAAUGUAUGACUGUAUAUAUAUACACAAAUACAAAUAGAUACACGCAUGUACCCGUAGCACUAAGUAAGAACUUUGAUUUAAAGAUAAAUCCUCAUUACUCGAAGCGUAAUAAAGAGAUGGGAAGCUUUUUAUACGUAUUGUGUCCAAAUGCUAGUGCUGCUACAGCUGCUCUUCAUUUAAUUUCUCGAAAGAUUUCACCCAAUCCAUCUAAUGAAAAUACUUGUUUGAUGUUUGGUGUUGCAACUCCUACACUGUCAGAAACUCAACAAGCAUCGGGAUACAUUCCUGAGAAGUCACUCUCUGAUGGUUCAAAGCAUCAAGUGAAUAGUGAUCUCGAUAAAAUGAUGGCACAUCCUGAUGCAAAGAACAACUGA